CCAUUGUAAAGAACAAUUAAAAAAAGAACGAAGCCCAAAAGAGGAACCAAUGAUGAUCAGUUUUCCCAACGACAAAUAGAAGAAAGAGCCCCCCGAUGUACGAUGAUUCUGUUAAAUAUUCGAACCUGGUCAGGUCAACCGAUGAAUCAACAAGCAGGCAGCAGCGCAGCCAUUGAAGAAGGAGCAAGAAAGCUUCAACCACUUUAAUUUGCUGCUGUUCUUCACCACCAACAAAAUCAAAUCAUGGAAUCCCUCUGCCCGCCGCCAAGAUUUUAUCGAGUAUUUCUCAUCGCCAUUGCUUUUCUUUCGCUCCCAUCUGCCCUCCACGCCGCCAAUCAGUUUUGUGAUGCUGGGGUUGGUUUCGACAACUUUGGCUGUGGGGCUUCGUCUUCGUAUCCUGCAAAGAUUCUGAUUAAGGGAGGAACUGUAGUGAAUGCUCAUCAUCAAGAGGUUACUGAUGUAUAUAUCGAAAAUGGUCUCAUUCUCGCCGUCACAAAAGAUUUAGUGGUUGGAGAUGAUGUGAAGGUCAUCGAUGCCACCGGAAUGUAUGUCAUGCCAGGAGGGAUCGAUCCACACACGCACUUGGCUAUGGAGUUUAUGGGCACAGAAACGAUUGACGACUUUUACAGCGGGCAGGCAGCCGCGCUAGCCGGUGGUACUACGAUGCACAUUGAUUUUGUGAUACCCGUGAAUGGGAGCUUAUCUGCCGGGUACGAGUCUUAUGUGAAAAAGUCUGCGCCGUCUGUCAUGGAUUACGGCUUCCACAUGGCCAUCACAAAAUGGGACGACACUGUUUCGAGGGAGAUGGAGAUCAUGGUCGCGGAGAAAGGGAUCAAUUCGUUUAAAUUUUUCAUGUCGUACAAGGGGUCGUUCAUGAUCAGCGACGAGCUUCUGAUUGAGGGGUUCAAGAAAUGCAAAGCUCUCGGUGCCUUGGCCAUGGUCCAUGCCGAGAACGGCGAUGCCGUGUUUGAAGGGCAGAGAAGGAUGAUCAAGCUCGGGAUCACCGGCCCUGAGGGGCACGCACUCUCGAGGCCGCCUGUGCUGGAGGGCGAGGCGACCAGUCGAGCGAUACGUUUAGCUCGUUUUGUGAAUACGCCUCUGUACGUUGUUCAUGUCAUGAGCAUCGACGCAAUGGAAGAAAUCGCCAAAGCGCGUAAAUCAGGUCAGAAGGUUAUCGGGGAGCCAGUGGUUUCCGGUUUACUUCUGGAUGAUUCCGUCCUCUGGAAUCCCGACUUCCAGAUAGCAGCGACGUUUGUUAUGAGCCCGCCGAUCCGAGCAGCUGGACAUGGUAAGGCCCUUCAAGCAGCGCUCUCGACAGGCGUUCUACAGCUAGUAGGAACCGAUCAUUGCACCUUCAACUCGGCGCAGAAAGCUCUGGGGAUCGAUGACUUCCGCAAAAUCCCCAACGGGGUUAAUGGUCUCGAGGAAAGAAUGCAUCUGAUUUGGGACGCUAUGGUGGUGUCGGGACAAUUAUCCGUAGCUGAUUUUGUCCGUGUGACGAGCACGGAAUGCGCGCGGCUUUUCAAUAUUUAUCCGAGAAAAGGCGCAAUACAGGUAGGCUCGGAUGCGGACAUCAUUAUACUCGACCCAAAUUCGACAUUUGAAAUCAGUUCGAAACGGCAUCACUACCGAACAGACACUAAUGCCUAUGAAGGUCGGAAAGGGAAGGGAAAAGUAGUUGUGACUAUAGCCGGAGGGAGGAUCGUAUGGGAAAACGACGAACUGAAGGUUGUUCGUGGCGCCGGUAGGUAUGUGGAAAUGCGACCCUUCAACUACCUGUUUGAAGGGAUAGAUAAAGCUGAUGCCGACUACUUGUCGUCCCUAAAAGCUCCGGUGAGACGGGCGGCGCGUGCAGCCACGUCAUCCUAGCUUCUGGUUUCUGUUUCAGAUGGUAAUGUGAAGUUCAGAAAUGUGUUUAUUCCCCCAUUGAUAGAUAUACUUCAAACUGGUAUCUGAAAGACUACACAUUGGCUUACAUUCAAAAUUUACUAUAAAAGAAAUGUAUAAUAUUAUUAUUUUCCACCAUUCAUACUUAAUGUUAUAUAUUUUAUUA